CCAAAGCUGAUGAGCAACAAAAUAAGGGUAAAAACUGUCUAUACAAUAACUAUUAAUGAAUGAAAAAUGUAAAGAUAUAGUGUAUAGAUUGGUUUUGUGACCAAGUAUUCAAUAUUCUUAAAUUGUGAAUUACAAAGUGAAAUGAAAGCCAUAUUACUAAUACCUGCUGAAAUAGAUGAGUGAUCAUCCUUGAUUCAUUAAUUUUGUUGAUAGUUGUUUCAAAUGGGCUGAAUAAUAUGAUAUUGUAGAACCGGAAGAAAGAUGAUACUAUGACAUAUCAAUGUCAAAAUAUAUUUUCAAACUAUUUCUAUACCAUGCUAUAAAUAGGAAAUAACUAAAAACGUAAACUUCACGAAUGUGGGCUGCCAUGAUGCUUUUUGAAGCAUAGUUUUCUUACUGUUAUGAUCAAUGGAAUUGUGAUUAGCCAUUUGGGUACUUGCUACAAAGCUUUCUAUGAAGUAACCAUAUAAUCAAAUUCUUAACUUUGAAGUGCUACAUUUGAUCUUGGAAGAGGAAGGCUUUCUGUCAUACCAGCAAAAAUGCAGAUUGAUCUAGAAGAAAUAGAAAAGACUAAAAGAAACGACAAGCUUACCAACACUGCUUAAAAGGAAUCCAAACCUUCUUGUUUGAAGACCUUAAUUUAUUUUGGAUUAGGAUCCUCAUGGCAUGUGAACCAGAAGAUAAUCUGAAAUAAAAGGUCUCUUAUUUUGAAGUGACAGUCUUUAUCAAAAUGGUUGGAAAACUCAAGCAGAACUUGCUAUUGGCAUGUCUAGUGAUCAGUUCAGUGACAGUGUUUUAUUUGGGCCAACAUGCUAUGGAGUGUCACCACCGAAUAGAAGAACGCAGCCAGCCUCUGAGAGUGGAAAACGUGAGAAGCACAGAAAGAACUGGUUCUAAUGUAAAUGCAAAUAAAACUUUUGCUUACAACAAAGACAUGCCUUUAAUAUUUAUUGGAGGAGUACCUCGAAGUGGCACUACUUUAAUGCGUGCCAUGCUUGAUGCCCAUCCGGAUAUUCGAUGCGGAGAGGAGACAAGGGUAAUCCCACGAAUUCUGGCUGUUAAGCAGAUGUGGGCUAGAUCAAGUAAAGAGAAAAUCCGCCUGGAUGAAGCUGGAGUCACGGAUGAGGUUCUAGACUCGGCCAUGCAAGCAUUUUUAUUGGAAAUCAUUGUGAAACAUGGGGAGCCUGCGCCAUAUUUGUGUAACAAAGAUCCUUUUGCUCUAAAAUCCUUAACUUAUCUUGCCAGAAUUUUCCCUAAUGCCAAAUUUCUUCUAAUGGUACGGGAUGGUCGGGCAUCUGUACAUUCCAUGAUAUCCAGAAAGGUCACCAUAGCGGGGUUUGACCUUAACAGCUACAGGGACUGUUUGACCAAGUGGAAUCGUGCUAUAGAAACUAUGUAUAACCAGUGUAUGGAGGUUGGUUUUGAAAGAUGUAUGCUGGUACAUUAUGAACAGCUAGUAUUGCAUCCUGAAAGAUGGAUGAGAACUCUCUUAAAGUUUCUCCGCAUCCCGUGGAACCAAGCAGUGCUGCACCAUGAAGAAAUGAUUGGAAAAGCAGGGGGUGUUUCUCUUUCCAAAGUUGAAAGAUCUACUGACCAAGUAAUCAAGCCAGUCAACGUGGAAGCACUGUCAAAGUGGGUUGGGAAGAUACCCGCUGAUGUUCUGCAAGAUAUGCCGGUGAUCGCACCCAUGUUAGCAAAGCUGGGCUAUGAUCCGUAUGCCAAUCCACCAAAUUAUGGAAAGCCAGACCAAAAAGUUCUGGAAAACACAAGGAGGGUCUAUAAAGGUGAAUUUCAACUUCCUGACUUUCUUAAAGAAGUGCCACAGCCAAAGAAGACAGUAGAAAGGAAGUCCCGUGGCAAGAUAAAAUGAACAUGGAUCAGUAAUACUGAACCUAUGGAAUAGAAGAUACAGUGGAUAUUUCUUGCACAGAAGAAAGACUGCUGCCUUUUUCAAUAGAAAUGAUGCUAUACGAACUGUCCUACAGAGAUCAGUAACUGCUCUUGGCCUGCCUUUUCGUGUUUUGGUUUUUUUUUUCCAGAAUUUUCGCCCCAGUUUCUUUGAUACUGUGUCUUUUUUGUUCAAGAUUUUGUUAUUGUGAAAGCAUGUAAACAAGU